AUGGCGCCGUUGACGCUGCUGACGUUUCCGCAGAUUUGGAAGAAUUACGUGAACGUGAUGGCGGGGGAUUUGAUGGCGUUGGGCGCGGUUUCGUGGCAGGGGUACGGCGCCGGGAUGCUCGGGAACUUGUUGCUGCUGAGUUACUUCGCCGAUAAGCGCGAACCCGCGGCGACGGCGGCGCAGGCGAUCGGGGUGACGACGUCGUUCAUGCUCCUCACGCAAAUCGCGUGGACGGGGAACAUUCACAACGUCGCGCCGGCGGUGAUGUUUGCGUCGAGCGCGUUCAUCAUCGCCGGGACGUCGCUCAGCGUGGCGCGAUACUUCGACUACGCCCACGGCGAGCGAGGGCAGAAAAUGUGGGAGCUGUACCAAGCCGCUUUGGGAAUCAUCGGCAUCAUCGCGACGCCGCAGAUCAUAUCGAACGCGUUGACCCCGGCGCUGGGGUGGCUUCCGUCUGAGCUCGCCAUUUUAGCGCUCGUCUUCGCCUCGCGAGCCGACGCGCUGCCGAGCAAAUGGAGCGAAUGUAGCGGUUGGACCGCCACCGCGCUCUUCAUGUCCAUGCCCGUGGCGCAAAUCGCGAGCAAUUUGAGCACUCCAGAGUUGUUACAGGGGUUGUCCGUGCUCACGAGCGUGUUCAUCACGAGCGGUAACGCCUUGAUGCUUUCACGCGCGCUCUUCACUCGAGACGCCGUGUGGAUCGCCGGAUCGUUUUGGGCCACCUUCGUAGGUGGUUGGGGCGUUUUACUGACCCUUUUCAUGGCGCACAACCCGCUCACGGGCGAGCGCUACUUAUCAGAGAUGGAGUUUUCCACCAUCACCGCGCUGUUGGCGGCGUAUACCGUCGUGGUCAUCGGUGGACAGCUGAAGACUCAAUUCUACACCGACGCCGAGGAGGACGACUCGUCGCAGUCGGUCGAGAUCACGUCCAGAUGA